GUCAUUGUUAAACAUUGUUUUUAUUGAUCGUAUUGCGAAAUUUCGAAUUUUGUUUCUACAAGAAUAACUUGCAAAAGUUGGUAAUAAUUUUCAAUUAAUACAAGUUAGUGAAGUCAGGGGAAGUAAAGUAUGACACUCUUAACACAGUUGUAUGCUUACACUUUAAAAAACUCCAAAUCUCUCAUAAAUGCCACUUCUACCAAUAUAGUAUGUGUAAGGCAUGCAUCAAAAAAAUUUAGUGGUAGUACACGUAUCAGUCCUGGUCAUGCAAGGCCUAAACACAGAGGAUGGCGAGUACAAGAUGGACAUUGUGUAGAAAAAUCUACAAUAUUAGCUACACAACGUACACCUCGAUUUCAUCCAGGACUAUAUGUUGGUUUUGGUAGAAAUGGUACAUUAUAUGCUUUAGAAAAGGGAAAAGUAUUUAUCACCUGUGAGAAGAUUAAUCCAAAUCUGAGCCAUGCUUGGGCUAGAGCACACUAUGCUAACAGAGAAAACAAUGUGAUAUAUAAAAAACAUUUUAAUGUUAUUCCUGAUCCACAAGAUAAUAGAUUUGUAUUAAUUGAUGCUCUUUAAAUACAAAUUUUUUAUUGUACUUAUAUUCUAAUUAUAAAUCAAAAAUAUAAAUAAAAAAAAACCCAA